AAUAAUUAUUUGCUAGGGUUUAGCCUCACUGUUCGGAGAAGACGACGACUAACCUUGAAGUUUUAUCAAUGGUUGCAGCGAACCAGUGGAAACCCAGUCAAAGUUGAUACCAAGCGGAAGGAUGGAUUUGUCGGAGGAAUGGAAGUCGCUGUGGCCAAUCUCCUCUGUCUUUUCCGCACCUCUCCUCCUCUCAUCCGGGGGUAGCACCCGCGGAGGCGGUAAUUCUUCUUCAUUAAAGUCGAAGCUCGGACCUCUCAUCUUCAAUCCGUCUCUGGAAACCCUAGAGCUGCUCUUCUCGUCUCCCUCUUUCUCCCCUCCGAUUCCUCCCCCUUUUCCUCGCCUCUCUCUUUCCCGCUUCUUGUCCACCCCACCUUCCUCCCUCAUCCCCUCCAUCGCUUCAUCCAUCGCCGCCACUAUUGGUCCGCAAAUCUCCUCCGACCAUUUCGCUGUAUUCAGACACAACCGCCUCCAGUUGCUCAACUGGCCGGCUACAAACUCCGUCAUUGCCUUCUUCCCCACCGGCGACAACUCUGACCAAAUCGGGUUUGUUGAGGUGUCUUUUUUGCAAGAUUCUAAGUUGAAUGUUAGAGCCAAAGGAAGAGAUGGUCAGAUUUUCACGUCAGACAGACAAUUUAACCAUCGGAUUGAGAGAUUGUUGGUUAAUCCUUUGCCAUAUUUUAGUAACUCUUCUGUUGCUGGGUAUCUUUUGGCUUGUACAAUGUACUCUGUUCAUUGGUUUAGUGUUAGAAUCGGGGAGCUUGGCGUGGAUACUGGGAAAGCUACUUUAGGUUUUUUGGGUAGUAAGGUGUUCAAGAGUUCUGUUGUGUAUGCUUGUUGGAGUCAACAUUUGCCUGAAGAGAGCCUGGUAUUGAUGGAGAGUGGUGAAAUGUUUUUGUUCGACGUAGAUUGUUGUUCUAAUGGAAGCUUUAGUGGGAAGAAGCUGAGAGUGCCGUGGGAAGAUUACGCUAGUUUGGGUGAUGGCCAGUGGCUGAGCUGUGAAUUUAGUUGGCAUCCAAGAGUUUUGAUUGUCUGCCAUUCAAGUGCGGUUUUUCUUGUUGAUUUGAGACGUGAAGGAUGCAAUGUGAGUUGUUUGCUGCAAAUUGAUGCAUUGGGUAUGAAUGCUCCAGUACAAAAAGAUCAGUUUGUUGCAUUCUCUAAGGCAGAUUCUGAUGAUUUCUGUUUUGUGGUUGCUACUCGACGUUUGCUGCUUGUUUUUGAUGUGCGGAAGCCACUGGUUCCAUUGUUGCAAUGGGCACAUGAUCUUUCUAGCCCAUCUUAUGUCAGUGCGUUUCCAUUGUCUGAUUUGAGGUCACAUUGCAAGGAUGAUCGUUUUAACUGGGCUUCUGACUCGGGCCACUGCAUUAUAUUGGGAUCAUUUUGGCACUCUGAGUUUAGUAUUUUUUGCUAUGGACCAGCCCUUGGAGGGACUGUUGCUUCCGAAAUUUCAAGAUUUGGCAAAUCAUUUUAUGCAUGGGAACUCCCUUCAGAGCUCUCACUGUCUGGUCGUGAGUGUCACUGCGGUAGCUGUCUUCUGAGAGAAGAGUUCUCAAAGGAUGCCCUUCCUGAAUGGAUUGACUGGCAGCAAAAGAAAGAAAUAGUUUUAGGGUUUGGCAUUCUUGACAAAGACCUCCAUGCCAAGUUGUCUGAACCAGACGAGUUUGGUGGGUUUACCCUGAUUAGGCUGAUGUCCUCCGGAAAGCUUGAAAUAGAGAAAUACUGUGCCUCAUGGGAAUUCAUGAAAGUGCUGAAGGAAGGGCAUAAGGAGUCAUCUCUUCCAGAAGAUACUCUUCUGUAUGCUAUGGGUGAUGGAGGUUAUAAUUUUCCCAAGAGAUUUAAAUACCUGAAACUUGACUACCUUUAUGCUUAUACGAAAGGUAAUCUUGACAAACUUCUGUUUACAAAGGCGAAAAAGCAUAUACGUGGUCAGUUCAUGGCAUCUGGCUUCAGUAGUUUAAGAUCAUAUCCUGCUGUUCUUGAUGUGCUUAAAGACAUCCGACUACUAAGCAGCAUGCAUGAGGUUGCUUUGAAGAAAAUUUAUGCAGGCUUGCCUGCCAAUCUUCUGCAGCUGACCUUUUGUUGCUACUCGGAGCUUGAUGAAGUCCUUGUAGAUGAUAAGAAGGUGUCCUUGGAAUUUCUAGAUGUUCCCAGCCAGCCUCAGUUGCCUCCUUUUGUCUUCCGGAAACCUUCAUCCCGUAGCAGUAAGUGGACGCAUAAAGUGGGGCCCGGUGCUGCUUUGGUGGGUCCUGUUCUUCCUACGCCGGUUCUGCUUUGUCUUCACAAGCUACAUAACGAAGAAGGCGAUGUCCUCUCUGCUAAUGCGGAACUAAGGAACCAAUGCAAUGAAGUCAUACGUGUGGCUAGUGAAAUGUCUUUAACAGGUGCUGCCACCAUUGAUCACAAUGACCAUGCUGUUUCCCUUGCUGAUGAUACAGAUGAAAUGCCUUACAGUACUGCAGAUAAACCCACUCUGUUCUGUUUACACAAACCGGCUGCUUUUGCUAACGAGCUCUCUACAGUAGGACUGGUGGCGGAAAGUUUUGUUGGUGAUCAUGAGAGAUUUACAACCUUUAUUUCCAAAACACCUGAAAGGGAGCUUGUCCCCAACUCUGAAAUGGAGAUGGCCGGACCAGAACUGUUUAAAUCUCUGUCGCCAGUAGAGUUGAGGUUCGAUGAACGAGCAAUGCCCUUUGGGCCAAAUGAACUGAAAGCUUUCAAAUUGUUGAGGAGACAGUACUCAAAUUUUUUACACAAUUUUAGUGCAUAUCAAGAAUGUCUUGAUAGCUCUAACUUCCAGAGACAGUAUCUUUGAUAUUCAAUUUUUUUUGAGCUAGAACUCAAGAGUGACGAAAAAAGGUUUAUUAUAUUAUUCACUUUUUCUCCCCCCACCCCCAACACCAAGCGCAGCCAAUUUAAAAUUCCAAAACAGGCAUGUGGCAGAAGGGAGCCAGGAAGGUACCUACUGUGGAUAAGGCUAAGUCGGGCACUUAAGAGUGACAGUUUUUUUUGAAAAGAUGGAGAAAGAUAUUUGUAUCAACUAUUUGUUUACACGGAUCGUGAAACUCUUGUUGUGGAACUGUAUUGCACACACACUGCAGCUUGCAUUUUCUACAAUUUGGCUACAACGCUGCCUCCAUCAAGGGAAGUUUAUACAUGGAUAGGAAGUUUAAAGAUGGGCAAUUACUGUUAUUCACACUUCAGAGAUAUUGAUCUUUGAAAGCGUUAUGUAACAUCCUUAUAUUUUGCUAUUGUUACAAUUGGCAACUGUUGGUUAUGGAGAGAUACAUGCUGUCAAUAUCAGGGAAAUGAAUUUUAUAAUGGUCUUAUGUCUCUUUUGAUAUGAUUCUUGCUGCUUAUCUACUUGGUAGCAUGACAUCAUUGAUUGUAAAAGGAUCAAAAACAGAGAGGUUUAGGGGCAAAGUGACAGAUCUUAUCAAACACAUGAACAGACACAAACUUGGAAAGGGUCUCAGUAAUGAGGUCAAAGGCCACUUGAGACUUCAGUACGAGAGCAGUUACACAGAGGCUGCUGUUCUUCAGGAUAUUCCAAUCUCCACUUGAGCUAAGAUCUCACAGAAGUUAUAUGAGCCAAUCAUUAAAGAGGUUUCUCUUUUUGGGGGCUGCUCAUCAGGAUUCAUUAAACAUAUUGCCAGUCUUCUUUGUUACUAGUAGAACACUAAUGCUAAGUUUGUACCAGUUGAUUUUUUUAGUUCAAACUUGUGGGCUCUGGUACCUGUGUGAGGUAAAUAUUUUCUUCAAGAUCAUAAUACUGCUACAUGCUUAACAGUUUUUAAUUGCUGAAUCUCAACUUUCUGAUUCCUUCC